AUGGACUUGACCCAAACACAGCUGCUGAUGAUAGGAGCGAUUCUGCCAACGCCGCUCAGGCCAGGCCUCGGCGCCGGAGGUCUUCUGCAGCCUCAGCUGGACGAGGGGGCCGGACUGGUAAAUCCCAGCGACGAAAAAAUUGAGUCACCUGCGACACAGUACUCUAGCAUUGCGCCACUAGACGAAACUCCCCUUGAUAUGCAGACGAAUCAAGAGCGUCGAGAAAGAAAGCCCGAGUAUGUGGCUAAAGGUGCUUUCCUCGUCAAGAAAGAUCAAGAGGGUGAGUUCAACUUCCCCAAAUUUCAGAGCCAGCCUGAGCCAUCGUGGCGUGCUGGUGAUGGGUUCUCGGGUGACGAGGCCAACCCCGACUUCAUUUUCUUCGUAACUGGCAAACACAAACGCAAGAGAAGAUCCAAGUUCAUGCUAGGAAUGCCGACCUUGAGCAUGAAUGAAACAUCCAGGCCUAGCUCGUGCAUUCGCGCAUUUGGGAAGCGCCGAAGAGUUGACGAGUUCCCUCAGCACCAACGCCGAGGAGUGUGCCGUGGUGAGAAAAAAGAUAUUUGGCCGACACUCGAUGACUUCGUUGAGAGCACGUUGCCGGAUCGAGCGAAACGCCUGAGUAACAGAGCAGAGAACGAUGAUGGGAACUCGGUUGUAUUUUCAAGGCGAGUGGUAAAGGAGACUCAGCUGGAACCCAUAAACACAAUGAAGUACAUCCCACUACGAAGACGGGAAAGAGGUGUGCUGGAUUUCGGCUUCUCACGCGGAAAUGAUGAGAUCAUCGCGCAACUCGCCCGCGUCCGCGCAUGGCGCAACGUAGAGUCUGACGAGGCGGAAGAGGCUGAAUAUUCAGAUGAAGGGUCCCAGGCCGCCGAAACAGAUUUUGGUCGCACUACAGAUGACGAAGGGCCCGUCGGUGCUGCAGAGAACUCAUCGGGAACGUCACGUUCAAGUUCCCUCAAUUCUACUGACACUUCGUGGUGGGACGCGGAUGGAAACCAUGUCUUCCGUGGAGACCUGGAAUUUUCCCAGAGUGCACUUGACGGUCUCUCACAAGAUUCCGAAGAGGAAUAA